GCAAUAUCUGCUCCUACCUCGCUGCUGGAGCACUUACAAACCGUUCUCUGGGAUUUCACAUUUCUUCGAGACUACACACCGCAGGAUGACGAGGUAAUUGUUGACCUGGUAGCAAAUAAACUUACAUCCACGCGUGCUUUGUUCAGGAUCGCCGCACUCUACUUGACCCAUCAGCGCCAAAAGGACAUGCAAAACUGCUGGUUAUCUCGAUCAUACUCUGCCCCAGCCUUCCCCACUCCGUCGGAAUACGAGAUUCUCCGCAUGGGCAACGCAAAUCAGCUGCUGGACUCUAUACCGGACCGCGUCAAAACUGAAUAUUCUGACGAUUCCCGACGUAUGUGUUUCCAUGCCGCUACCAAUCUUCUCUCGAGGUCGAGCCUCGCACGAGGACGGACAGCUGUGCCAUACACCAGCGCGUGCCUCAUUCGACGAGACCCUCAAACUUAGGACUCGAGAACCCGUAUAAAGGGUACACGGCCUUCUUUCGGACAAGCUCACAACCAAGAGUCCAUCUCUUCCGUGUUACACCAGUCCCCGGUCGGCUCUCUUCAAUCGACUGUUACUAUGUUCCCCACCAAUGCCCUCCUCUCCCUCUGCCUGAUCGCAAGCGCUGUUGUAGCAUCGCCUAUGAAGCGCGAGCCCAAGUUCUCGCUCUCCUUUGCGACCCGCCUUCAGAAGCUCGAUAAUGGUCAAACACUCCCUGACAUCGACCGGGCCCGUGCUGCCUCUCUCAAGGCAACAGGCCACAGAAAGCGCGACGGCACCGUCAGCGUUACUAAUGCUGCAAUCAGCUACACUGCCAGCGUUGGUGUUGGCGAGCCCGCUACUCAGUACAAUCUCUUGAUUGAUACUGGGUCAGCGAACACCUGGAUCGGUGCUUCUACCACGUACAACCCCACUUCUUCCUCCAUGGAUUCCGGCAACACUGUCAACGUCACUUAUGGCUCUGGGUCCUUCUCCGGCGAGGAAUACACUGACACCGUUACCCUCAGUGAGGGUCUCGUCAUCAAGAGCCAGUCUAUCGGCGUUGCUUCUACCUCUCAGGGCUUCCAGGGCGUCGACGGUAUCCUUGGCAUUGGUCCAUUCGCCCUCACCCAGGGAACCUUGAACAAACUUGACAUCGUAGUUACCGUGACCGAAAACCUCCAAUCCCAGGGAACGAUCAGCACCGACGCAGUCGGCAUCUACUUUGCCCCUGCCGCGAGCGAUGACUCGUCAGGCGAGCUCAGCUUCGGCGGCCCCGACAGCUCCAAGACGACCUCGGACGUCGCCUACGUCCCGCUCACGCUCACCUCCCCCGCGUCGCACUACUGGGGCAUUGACCGAUUCGUCUCCUAUGGAUCGCAGACGAUCCUCGGCUCGACUACAGGCAUUGUCGACACCGGAACUACCCUAUACACCGGCGCGCAGACCGACUCCGCCACCGGCCUGCUGAAGAUCACGAACGACCAAUACAACAAACUCCAGGACCUCAACUUCAACAUCGGCGGCACGAACUACCCCCUCACCGCGAAUGCGCAGAUCUUCCCCCGCUCUCUGAACAGCCAAAUCGGCGGCGAUGCCGACUCGAUCUACCUCAUUGUUGCUGACCUGGGAACCGAGUCUGGUCAGGGUCUCGACUUCAUCAACGGAUACUCAUUCCUUGAACGCUAUUCAGUCUACGAUACCACCAACAAGCAGUUUGGAAUCGCCAAGACUACCAACACCGAUGCCACUUCCAGCUAAUAAAGUCAGAGUGAAUUCAUAUCUUUUUUCGGGUACUUGGUAAUCAUUUCAGCCCGGUUAUCCGUGGGCUACGUAGCUGUACUACAGGUGUAGCAUUAGCUUUAGUUCCCUUAUAAGCAUUUCG